AUGGAUGGUUUUUUUGACUUAGUUACAAAAAUGCUAAUGUCAGUUCAUCCAGUGAUUACGCAUCGGUGUCGCAGUAGAAUGUCUGCAGUUUUGUACGACGAGGAAAGUGGUAGUGUGUAUGUAGAGUCAGGAGUACGCUAUCUGCUUUAUUAUACAGACGAUGAAGACAGUCAUAUGAUCUCGUUUUCGGAGCAGUUUUUGAGAAAGGAGAUAUAUCUAAAAACUCAUAAUUUUGCGUGUCGAGCUUUAAUUGUGUCUGGUGAAGGCAACUUUGCUUCACUUAUUGUGAAAAAUAAAUUUAAUUUGUAG